AUGGGUGCCAUGCGUUUUACGGUGCUUGUAGUGAUAAGCUUUGUCUGCGUGUUUGGUGGAAGUUUGUUCAAUUUCGGUCGUACUGAGAAGACAAAUCCAGUCCAAGAGCAACAUCUUGUUCGUGCGAAAAGAAGCAUCGGAGAAUCCGGCAAUCGGGAGGCGCUUUUAGUGACAACUGAGUUUAUUCUUCAGCUUAAUGAGCUUAUUAAACAUUUGGCGAUGUACACGCGAGACGAAACAAUCGACUCGCGCACGUUGAUCGAGCGGGCUGUUGGUAUGUGGAAUCAAACGGAGUCCAUGCUGGACGAUAUAGUACAACGAUCGGAGCAUAAUUUUACGUUUGUAAGUUCCAACACGACAAUUUUCGCCCUGCGACGUGCUUCAAAUGCGAUCCGAAUGGAAAAAGACAACUUUAUCAAUAAAUUAAUGCAGCUAAACGACACAGCGUUGGAGCAUAUUGUAUCGCCAUUGCUAAUCGAUCAGGGUAUGUUCGAGGUUGCGCAACCCGGUUUUGCCCGUAUUAUAUAUUCUAGUGUGCACAGAUUGACCCGCGUGUCGGCCAGUUUGUUGCUAUCGCUGGAAGCUGUCGAUGCACAAAGUAUGUCUACAGACCACGCGAGAGCAAACCCGACGAAACCAACAGUUGAUAUGUUCCUGAAAGGGUUAAAACGCACCAUCAGAGAUACCAAGCGCAACUAUCGCACGCAAACGCUUCGCCUGUACAGGAAAGUUUCCAUGCGGCUUUCCGAUCUCUCAAACACGCAGGAGCUGGGACAGUAUUUGAAGGACCUUGCAAUGAUUUACAAGACAUUCCUGCAAACAAUUAAAAGCCUGCUCGAUGCUACCUAUAAGUCGGUGGAGAUGUCCAUGUCUACGUCCUACUCAGCGCUGAUAGAUCAACAACUGACCAACGGUCUCUCGGUUCUGCUCCAAGAAGCAGCAAAUGCUGAUGAGUACGAAUCACUUCAAGUGUGUCUAAAGCGAUACGUUUACAAAUAUUACGACCAGUCACUAGCCAGCGCGAAGCUGCUCUACUGUGGGCAACCGGAAUUAUCUACAUUCGAGUACUUGGUCACGAUCGCCAUUCCAAUUUUAGGACGAGCAAUCUUUUCCGACAGUAGUGCCAUUCGAAUGGAUGUUAUUUGUACCAUAGACUCGCAAGAUUGCUUGAAUAACUACAACACCUUAUUGAGCACCCAGAGUAAUGCGAUCGGAAUUCGUAUGGAAAGUUAUGCCAAUUUCACCCAGCAGGAGCUCGUUAAUCUGGCAGUACGAGUAGAAAUUUGCGCUCAGUCCGCUACAAUUGAUGUUCAGUACUAUGUGACAAAAAUCAAAGAGCGUUUCAACAAAUGCUUGAUGACAGGAGCUGCUAAUUGA